UUGAAUCGAAGUUAUCAUUGUCUAGAUAUAUCUCAAAGAGAUUCCAAAAUGAAACAUUCGAAAUUACUUAUUGUUCUUCUUCUGGCUGGUGCCAUUAAUGCCAAUCCCGUCUCUAAAGAAAGUGAUGAAGACGAAAAAAUUACACUUACCGAAGACUUUUAUUUUAAAAAAUUUAUAGUAUACAACGCUAAACAUGACGUUGUAAACAUUCUUGUACCAACGAACUCCUUGAACUUCGACGACAACGAUGAAUUAAAUAUGGAAACCUUUGAUAAGAAUAUUAUAUUGUUCAUCGUUGAAGCUGAUGUCGACGCGGCUGGUAAUAGAGUGGACAAAGGCCUAUACGUUUACAAGAAUGGGGAGGCUACAAAACUUUUGGAAAAUGGACGUGACGCUGCUGCGAGUAGCGAUGACAGCACUGAUGUGUUCUUUGGAGCAAAAGACGGUAUUUACGUGUAUGAUAACAAAGAAAACAAAGCAGUCAAAUACGGCUCUGUGACUGAUGAUAUUAUUGCAAUCGCUAAAGAAAACGCUACUGACGUAAUCUAUUAUCUAAAUAAAGAUCACGAAUUGUAUAAAGUCACUGAUAACGGCCAAAAGAGUGUUAAAAUAGACGACGUAGUAGGAGCUCAAGAAAUAGUUUUGGAUACGGCCAACAAUAUAUAUUUUGAUACUGAAGAUAAACAAGUAUAUGUUGUCAACGAAAACGGUGUGAAGAAAAUUACAGAUAAUGCAUUUUAUGUAAUUUAUUCAAAUGGAACAAGCGAGCUUACUGAUUUCGAGAUUACCUCUGAAGCCAAACCAUCUGCUUAUGCUAUGGAAGCCACCUUUGUUCAGUUCUAUGCGUUUCACAAAAAGAUUUACAAAUACAACUUAUUGGAAAUUCUUUCUGGCGGGUUCUUUGAAGUUUUGAAUAAAUUCCUCGAAGAAAACCAAGAAAUAAUUAUAAAUGCAACUCCUGUGAGCAAAAACAGUACCCGUAAGAUUAAAAAAACAUAA